UGGUGGCUGGAGUGCCAAUCCUGCCACCAACCCCUGUAUAUUCCCUGCAAGUUGGAGGAGCACUUGCAGGUCCAGAUGCAGUUUAGGACAGUAAUGAUACAGAAAUCAGAGUUAAACUCCAUAAACUGCAUUUUACUUGCAAAGAUAUGUAUAAAUAAAUGUUGCAGAAUAAUUGAGGCUGAAUAAUGAAAAUUGAAUCUGCAAAAACUCAUUACACAUCGAGAAGGAAGACUAGAGGCAGAGUGAGCUGACCUGAAUUUUCGAAAAUCAGAUGUGGGUGGGGGUGGGGGUGUGGGUGUGGGUGUGGAAGGAAGCAAGAAGUUCAGAGUUAUAAAGUUUCAUAUGAUCUGAGGGCUGGAGAUCAGCAGCAGGCACUUUAACUCCAACCAAGAGAUCCAAGGCGAUAUAGGUGCUUGAAGUAAAGCAGCUUCUGACGUCAAUUUAUAGGAAAGCAUGGCUGCACCUGCUGAAGUAAGAAUUGUGCUGUUGGGAAAAACGGGAUCUGGGAAGAGCAGUGCAGGAAAUGUUAUCCUGGGGGAAGAGAAGUUUGAAGUUUCAGCCGAUCCUGAUGGUGUAACACAAGAUUGUCAAACAGAAGAAGGAAACUUUAAUGGCAAAAAGAUUAAGGUAACUGACACACCAGGGAUCUUUGACCCAAUGAGGUCUGAGGAUGAUCUGAAGCAAUCCAUAAUAUCCUGUCUCACUGAAUGUGCUCCUGGUCCACAUGCCUUCAUCCUAGUCCUGAAAGUGGGAAGAUACACUGAAGAAGAGAAAGAGUCUGUGAAGAUGAUACUGAAGUGGUUUGGGGAGGAAACCCUGAAGCACACAGUCAUCCUCUUCACACAUGGUGAUAAGCUUAAAGAAAACCAGACCAUUAAGGAAUAUGUAAAGAAGAACAAGGAUCUGAAGGAACUUGUUGAUAAGUGUGAAGGCCGAGUCCAUGUCAUUGACUCUCAACAGUGGAACAAAAAAGAUGAUAAAAAUGCUCAAUCUGCAGAUCUCCUAGAAAAACUAAAGAAAAUGAUGAUAAAGAAGAGAGAAGCUGGGGAGUCACAGGCUGUUCUGGCACUGGAAGAAGUGAAGAACAUGCUGUUAGAACCAGAAUCAACACUUGAUCAUGAACCGGGCCAAGGGUCUGAAAGAUCUACAAGUUCUGGAGGAAACCUGGAUGAAUCAGAGUACAGGAGCAACAGCUUUCAGAUUAAACAGAUGCUGAUAACUAUAGACAACAUGGUGACAAACAAUGGCAGCAGUCAUUACACAAAUGAAUCACUCCAGGUAAUAGCAGAAGCUAUAGACAAAGAGGUUAAUAAGAUAAAAGAAGAGCUGGAGGAGAGAGGAGAGAAAGCAGAGGAGUCUGUGAUCAGGAGACGAGCAAGAGAGAGAGUGAGGACCAAGACUCUGAGAUUUGUGGCAGGAGUUACUACUGGUGCUUUACUGGGGGCUCUGCUGGGUGUGCCUGUAGGAUUAUCAAUAUCACUUACAUUGGUGGCUGGAUUUUUAAAGGAGGUAGUAACUGCAGAUUGUACACACCCUGUAGAUACAAUAGUGGAAGCUGUUAGAACAGCAGGGACAUUAGGGUCAGGAGCAGCAGGGACAUUAGGGUCAGGAGCAGCAGGGACAUUAGGGUCAGGAGAGGGAGCCCGCGAGGAACUAAGCGGGCUCCAACCCCCGUACAAGGAGGCCCGCAGAGGGGAGAUCGGCAGCGAACCCCCCAGUCCCGCCUGCGAUCCCCCCACCGAGAAGGGCCCAGAGCGUCCCAAGAUUCCCCGGACCGCCCGCCAGGGCCCCACCACGGCGCAGCAGUACCAAACACAACCCCCGAAUUCGCCUAGAAGGGCCCAGAGCGUCCCAAGAUUCCCCGGACCGCCCGCCAGGGCCCCACCACGGCGCAGCAGAGCCAAGCACCACCCAGCCUGCGGCCCAAGAGAGGAGGACGCCCACACCGGCCAGGGCUGCCUGCAUCCCCCCAUGAUGGAUCUUCGACACGGUGGGCAACCCACCCGCACAGGGCCAGAGACAGAGAAUUAG